GUAAUUGAUUCGCCCAAUAAUUCUUCUAGGCGGUUACCGGAGAGAUGGUGGGACUCAUUACUGACUAAGGUACGGAUCAUCAAAUAUCAUGAGUAUUUUAUCAUGUUUAGUGACGUAACAUAUUUUCUGGGUAUUUACUACAGUGCGGAGUGACCAUAGACGAGAGAAGCUAAAUAACCUAAAUUGAAGAUAAGGUAUUUUGGUAUAUUAUCGUCAUGGAACAAACCUAUUCUGACACUAGUGCUGGUGAUAAAAUUGAGGUAUACGAAUUCUUGGAGGCUUUGGGAUUAUUAGAUAAUGAAGUCGCGCCCGUCAACAUGGAUGACGACGACAAUAACGAAUCUGACAUCGACGAAGAAGAUAGUGAUGAUGAUCAGGACAAUUAUUGGGACCCUAGGAAAAGAUAUACCGGAUGGGAUUAUAAAAGACGUUUUGGUGAAGAUGCUUUGAAAAAACUUUAUCAAACCCGGGAAGCUCGUCAUCGGAACAUUGUACUCAUGGAAUUUACCAGACGUCUUCCAGACAUAUCUGAUCGAGAAAAAAAUAGAUUAUUCGAUGCAUUCUCUAGGUCUAAUACAUUUGGGGCGAAAGAACAUAAUGCACUCUUGGAUGCGUUAGCCAAUCCCGUGAAAGGUUGGGAUCUUAACAAUUAUUGAAUGGAUAAUUCCCCCCGGCAGAUUAUGCAUGCCUGUGACGCAAUUACUUAUAUCUGUGGAUAAAGGAGAUCGAACUCCUUAAUUUUUUGUAUCCUAUUAGGAAUAACGAUUUCCGGUUUAAGUUCAGUUAUUCUUUCAUUAUUCAAUGAUGUUUCAAUAAUUCAAGCUCGUAUGACAUGAUCUA